AUGGCCGCUGCGACCGCCGCCCCCAGCGCGCCCUCUGAACCCAGCAGCAUCUUCGCCGUCCCCCGUCCCAUCCGCUCCCUCUUCAAGCUCUUCCCGCUGCGCACCUACGAACCAGAGCCUCUUCCCGCCCGCGCGCCGGACCAGACGCGGCCCCGCGCAAGACUGUACGUCUUCUCAUCAGAUGAGGAUGCUCUCAGGGGCCGGCCAAGCUUCAAUCCCACCUGUUUGAAGUGGCAGACAUACCUGCGCAUGGCCAACAUCCAAGUCGACCUCGUCCCAUCCACGAACCACGCCUCCCCAUCCGGCGCCUUGCCAUUCCUCCUCCCCCCAACGACCGACUCGAGACCAGACAUUCCCCUCACGGGCACCAACAUAUCCCACUACGUGCACAAAUACUCCAGCUACUCGUCAGUGCGGGAAUCCAACUCCCCCCGAACAGAAGCGUACCUCUCGCUAAUAGCCCAAUCCAUCCGUCCAGCGUGGCUCCACGCACUCUACAUCUCGCCCGGGCACACCCCCCUCCUGGCAAGGCUAUAUCUCCCGCCGUCGCCCCUCGUGUCAACACCGCUCCUGCACACCCUCCGCUCCGCGGCGACCAACGAGAUCCUCAAAACGACACGCCGACCGCUCCUCCUCCCCGAGCAGCUGUACAGCGACGCCAGGACCGCCUUCCAGACGCUCGACACGGUCCUAGGGUUCGACGAGUGGUUCUUUGGCGCGCCCGAGCCGGCCCUGUUCGACGCCGAGGUCUUUGCGUACACGCAUCUGAUUCUAGAUGCCUCGUUCGGGUGGCAAGACGAUGCGCUGGGCGCCUGCCUCGAGGGCUGUGACAGGCUCGUCGAGCACCGCCGCAGACUGUACGAAUGGUGUUGGCACUAG